GGAAGAUUCAACAUCUGUUGGCGAAUAUGAUCGCGCGGGCUGAGGCCUGAGGGUCUCACCAGGGCAUCCAAAAUUCCCGAAUAACUCACUAGUCAAAAGACUUGCUGUCACUCUCUGACAUUGCCCUGUCACCCGAGUCACCUCCAAAGCUCGCUGCACGUCCGUACCAUCAGUAUAUUUUGUAACGAGAAGACGUUCAUGUCGCUCUCUAUGGGUCAAGGGGGUCAUCGAGCGUGAUUCCAAUGUGAACGAGCCCGAACAGGGUUUAUCGGAGCCUGGUGACUUCGGUUUUAGAAUCUAGGAGCGACUUCUAUGUCAUGUUAGGUUGCUGGUGCCCGUGUUGCUAGUCUCUAGAGGAAGGAGAAACUGGGACAUAUUGUGUUCCAGCCCUGAACACGGAGUCCAUGCAGCGGUUCGAUGGUAUUAUAAUAUUGGCGAGUCUAAUUCCUGUGCAAAUUUUAACGCUGGCUAGUAAUAAUUAUUGCAACCCCUUGCCGCGCCUUUUCUGGGGCGUCAAUGCUCUGUCUGCUAUAUGUGAUGUCCUUCGAAUGUUCACUGAAGUGUACAUCAUUUUGCAGAGGAAGCGCAGAACAUUCGGAUCCGUCGAUCCCGGGGAUCACCGGUGGGCAAUUGGCGCUCUUCCCGUGCGUAUUUAUCUCUUUAUUGCGAGCUCACUAUUACCUUUUGGGAGGGCAGAUAUCAAAAUGACCACGAGCACGGAACCGCAGAAC